CUCACGUUAGCGAUCCUGUGCUGCGCUGGAGUAGCACGCUUGGAUUUGUGAAUGCCCACUGUCUACACCGGCGCUGACCUCGCUGUACGUCACUGAAUUUAGGCUACCCUACAGCAAUUAACUAAAUGUUUUCGUAAAACAUUUCGUCCAGUGUAGUAUUGUGAAACAUUUCACAUUUCACUUUGUAGAGAAGUCCACGUAACACAAGUCAACGCCUGUUGUGGCAGUUCGAUGUUUGAUCAUGUUAAUGUGUAGGCCUACUGACGAUGUUGUAACCUCCUAUUGCAUAGUGGGCCUAUCCUAUAGUAAGGUAUAUAGGCUACUUAUUCCGAGGAAAAUCUCAAAAUUUCCGAGAUUAAAGUCGUAAAUGUACCAGAAAAGAACUCCCAAUGUCCUGAUUUAUGUCAUAUAUUUGCGAAAAAACUCACAAAUUUAAGACAUUAAACUAAUUUAAGAGAAACAACUCCACGACUGUGAGCACAUAUUUUCCAUAGUUUCAUACUCUCUAUACUGGUUGGUGACGCAAAUAAGCUAGGGAAAGAUACUGUAAUAAAGGAUGAUAACGGCAUUAAAAGCUGCGCCAAUGGGGUGGAAAUGAAACGGCUCCUGUCUAACUGAAAAGCUCCACAGCAGCCAUCAGGCGUCCAGCGUUGCCACCGAUAGAACGCUCCCAUUAGUCAACUGAACCCUGAUGGGCAAACCGCGUCGUGUCGCAUGCGGCAGCAUCCACAGAGUAUCCAGCGUCAACAUUCACAUUGAGUCAGUUUCUCGAUGACUGAAGCUGAGGCGAACUAUUUUGUGUAAUGAAGAAACAGACUAUAGCCUGCCGAAUUAAUCACGUUUGCUUGUGUGUUCAUGAUAAGCCGUUAUCAACUUAAUUUAAAAGGCAAACGUUUUGUUAGCCAGGUUGGGGCCCACCCAUUUGAUAGCUAUGUCCUAUACUGUUGCACCAUCUCACAAACAUGUAGCCUCAUUACCUGUUUACCGGUGGAAUAGGUGGUGUGAUGAGGUUUGCUUUGCAAAGUUAAACGUUAUAGCUCCGUCUUAGUCUUUUUAUCUGUACUUCAUCCUCAUCCUGCUAAUGUCAAUGGCAAGUUAAAUACGGGGUAUUGUUUAAGUUUGACAGACACUGUUCAGUUUACUUGUAGAAGGCUCAGGCUCGUAUUGCUCUAGUUUAUCAUUUCGCAGGAAAUGCUGCCUCAUUCAAUUGGAUACCACGUUGCCUGGAUGUAUUCAUGGAGUGUCUUCUUGGCCCACUGUGAUGUUAACUCUGUGUCAAGUUUGGAAAAGCAAACUUCGGACCUUAUGGCAAAAUAUUCACUAAUAGACGGACACAAUGAUCUAGCACUACAACUAAGGAUCAGGCAUAAAAACAAACUCAGUCAGGUUGACCCAUACAACAUUCCACAUGUUGCCACAGAUAUAAAUCGCCUUCACUCUGGUCACGUUGGGGCACAGGUUUUUGCUGCGUAUGUGUUGUGUACUGCCCAAGACAAAGAUGCCGUGCGGCUGGCCCUUGAACAAAUUGAUGUGAUUCUCCGUCUGUGUAGUGAAUGGCCAGAUUUCAAGCUGGUCACUACGUCCGAGGGCCUGAGGAAUACCACGAAGAUUGCCUGUAUGCUGAGCCUGGAGGGGGGUCACAUCAUAGACAGCUCUCUGCCUGCCCUGCGCAUGUUUUACAGACUAGGAGUGCGGUCCAUGGCUCUGACUCACACCUGCAAUACACCCUGGUGAAGUUAUGUCUCAUCUUGAUGUGUCUAAGCUAUAGUGAUACUCUAUGUAAUUAUAUCUGCACCAGUUCUGACAGAGAACACGAUGAGUAUCCACCAAUAAAGACUAAGGCCAG